AUGUCUAAACUUGAAGUUAUCGAACCGUCUGACAGUGAAUUAAAAGAUAUCGCUCUUGCUUUACAAAAAAUUUGGGCUUUAGAUUAUAAUCGAUUGAAACCUGAAAUUGAUUAUGUUGUUAAUCUACCAAUAGUUGAACGCAAAGGUGACAACACACCAGAAAAACUUUUUCAAUUCGUCACAGAUCGUGCAAAAAAAAUCCCAACCUACAAUCUUUUCUAUCUUUUGCUUGACAAUUACAUUCCAGAAACUGGAAUACCAGAAAAAGUCGAUGUAUUAGAAUUAAAAGAAAACGAACAAUUCAUUAAAGCAUGUAUGCAAACUGCUCCUAUGAUUUAUGUUUACAAGGUAUUCGAUGAUGGAAGAAGGGAUGAAUUGGCACAUUUAUGGGUUAUUGAAUUAUAA